GUCACAUCGUUUUCAGACACGUAUGCAUCCUCUGGCGAUAUGCUUGACCGUAAUGAUCCCCGUGUAUCCCCGGCGAAGAAUAAAAUAUCGGUAUCGUAAUCUAAUCGAAACGGACAGGAAACCUAAAAAAGAAACCGAACCUUUCUCGCUUUUCUUGACGACGCCAAGAUUGUCCAUGAUGCUUGGUAAUGUCGUUGAUUCGAAGAUAGUCGUCGUGGGUGCCUCGGAUUGCGGCAUCGCGUUUGUGGAAGAACUUGCUCUUGGCUGCAAUUUCGUACGAUUCGCGAAUCUCACUUUGAUAUCGCCCAACGGUUUGCCUUACGACAAUGAUUACAACAAUUUGAGCGAUCGCAUGAUACCGUUCACCGGCCGAUACUGCCGGAAAUAUCGUCGAGAGAUUCCCACGCGUGUCUGGAUCAACAUCGUGUACGGGACGGUCAUAACGAUUAACAGGUAGAAAGAGAAUCGAUGAUCGAGAAUCGAGAUACGGAUUGCAUUCUGUUAUGAUCAACAGGAAGGAGAAAUACGUGACCGUGUUGCAUCAAGGGAACAUCACGUACGAUUAUUUGAUCUUGACCUGCGGGAUGCAGUAUCAAAAGCCCAAGUUUUACGACGAGUUGGAACUCGAGAAGAAAGGGUAAUAAACGAAGAACAAAAAAAAAAAGAAAGUAAAGAAAAAUGUGGUAAAAUAUUGGUGAUUUCGCGCAGAGAAUUUUUGGAAAACGAAGUGCCUUGGAACAUGUUGACGAUCAACGACGAUACGGAAGCGGCCGUAUGCCUGGAGAAGAUAAAAAGGCAGACGGAAAAUUUGAAAAAGAAAAGUUAAUCGAUCGGGCACAUGAAUGGUCGGAAUGCAGCUGUACGAUUAAUCAAUUUUCCGAUUUAUUUUUAGAGAUUAUCAUCUUUUACGGGCACAACAUAGAUUGCUACUGCGCUCUCCAAGGGUUGCUAGAAUUCGGAGUGGAUGGCUCUUGGAUCACGUUGAUCCAUCCUCCGUUGGCCCAGUGCAAGGCCAAGGACGAGGCGUUCUUCGACGAUUGCGAAGUGUACACGGAAGUGAUGGAGUCGAUCACGAGGAACAACAUCAAAAUAAUCAUGGGAUGGGAAUUGAUUAAUUGGAACUUGGAGAACACGUCAAAUGGUAAAAUGAUCGAAUCGAUCAUUAUAAAGUCGAAGGGCAAGAGCAAAGUGAUAUAUUGCGACUUUUUAAUAAACUUUUACGAAAAGACUAUCGGCAUGAAGAUAUUCUUGGCGAUCUGUAGAUCCGGAUUGAUGUUCGACGGCCAAUUGGUCAUAGAUUCAGACUUGAGAACGAACGAUCCGUCGAUCUUCGCUGCUGGCACCAUAACCAAGUAUUGCAGAAGGUAUUACAGCGAGUCUUGGCAGCACAAAAACUUCAACAGAAUCGAGAUCGGCGAAAAAUUGGCGAAAAUCAUUCGAUCGUUCAUCGAAAACGAGCAUCAAGGCAAGGAUCCAGCGUCCAUACCAUCGAAACGUAAAGCCUUCGAGUCGGUAUACGUGUUCCGAUUACCAUUGAUAGUGGCCUGCAUCGUACCUGGUGGUUAUCGAUUUCUUUACGUACGAAAAUGCGGGAAAAGCACGCCGCGCAAGAUCGCGAUUCGUUUCGAUAUUUACGGUCAAGUGCUGAUCACGGGAUCGUGCAAAACCGAUAUGGGUUACUUUCGGAUAAGAUUAAAUCGGUUCAACGUGGUCGAGACGAUAACCUGUUUUAACAAAAAGAAUUUCGAAGUGGAUCAUAUAUGCUCGUUGUGGGGAAAACACGAGAGCCUGUUGAACAAUUUAAAGGCGCGAUUCAAAGUAAGCGUUUUCUCAUUUUCAUUCUUCGAGCAUAUAUUCGAACAAUGCAAUUUUCUCGUGAUUCAGGAAUCGCUGAUCGUGGACUUUUUCGAAUACUUUCGGGAACCGUGGGCCCUGGCCAUAUUUUACGAUAAAUUCAACUGUCUUCGGGUGGAGAAUCGUGCAACGCUCUUGUCGAAAACGGCGAUAUCCGGCCAAUCUUUGAUUAACGAUUGCAUACAUGCUCUAAUACGGUCGAAAUGGGAGGAGAUACAAAAGAACGAUCUUCAAACCAUCCAAUCGAGAUUCGCUGGUUCCGUUUACCAGCAAGAGAUCGAGGAGAAUCUGCUCGACUUUCUACAAUUCUGCCAAGAGGAUCUACCUAUGUAUUGCACGCCCGAUAAAUUGAUCGAAUUAUACGAAGAAAUCAAGGAUAGCCCACUGUACAACUUCUAAACUUUUGAGCAACCUAAUUUCUAUAUAUAUAUAUAUAUUUUUCUUCUUCUUCUUCUUCUUCUUCUCGAACGAGAUCAAAAUAAAGAGAUCGC